AAACGCUGGAACUCCGCUUACAGAUACGAAGAUCAAGUGAAAAACGGAACUGGCACAGCAACAACAAAAAAAAAAAAAACAAGACUCCAACUGUGCAGAUUUAGCGAACGAAUAAUUGCUCCCCACGAAUUCUUGGCCUCAGGGCACGUGUAGCAAAGCAAAACGGGGGUUGGGGUACGAUUUGCGGCUUUGCUGAGUCAGCAUCGAAUCGCGAUCAAGUUGAUCGAUCGAUCGACCUGCGUGAUACACCUUCCCCAACGAAUCCCAACUUCUUCGCCGGAUCUGGCGUGUGAUCUUUCUUCCUCGCUUGUUCUCGCAUUCGUCCGUCGUCUAUUUCUCUCUCGCAACUGGAACCGUUUGGAAGGCUUAAAGACUGGUACGAUCUGGUCACGAUCAAUCAUUGACUCGCGAACCUGCCUACUGGACUGUGGUGUUUUUGCUCGUAACGAGACUCCGUUUCGCCGUUUGUCUGAGAUUGUGCCGUGUGAGCAGUGCGUAUUACCAGUGGACAAGUUCACCGUGACCGUGACGUAUUGGAAAGCGCAUCCACCCAAAGGUAGAGUGAGUGACCUCUGGAAAGUUAAAAGUUUAGUGCAUCGAAAACGCAAACACGAUGAAGUGGAUGAUUCUGAGCUGUUUGGUCAUUAUCGCCAUGAUGCUGGAAGCUGGCGAUGCGCUGCCUGAUAAGUAUAAGGAUUACCCGAAAAAGGGAGGCUACGUGCCGGUUUAUGUACGUUAUCCUAAUCAACCGCUCGGUUCGAUCAGUCCAGAACUGGCUGCAGCCUUCCAGGAAAGCUCGGGACGCAGCUCCAGGGGAAAGCUUAUUCAGGAACUAAACCGCCCGGUACGCUUCUCAUCCGAAUCGAGCAGCGAUGAGGAGCUACGAAAUGACAUAACAUCCAAGCCAAGGGUGGACUCCAACAGUAGCGAAAGCAAUUCGCACUCGAACGAAUCCAUCUCGAACGAGAAGGAAGCGAAGGAAGCGAUCAAGGAGCUGCUAAAGCAGAUGAACAAGAUCAGCAAGGCUGCCGCCGUCAAGGCGAAGAAGGCUUAAGGUCUUACACACCGCAACACUGUGGAACUAGUAUACUGCCAUUUAUUUAAAAACGAAUGAAAUUAUCCCAACGAGCGACAUUUAAACGAUAGUCGCGAUGUAAAACAACACUGCCAUAAUGUUUAGAACAGAUGCGACACUUUCCUUUUUAGCGCAGUAUGCAUUUACUUUCGUUGUACUUCAGCGUGGAUCAAGCGAGUUGAAGAUGCAGCAAUAAAAAUGAU